AUGUCAGAUUCUGCUUCUAGUUCUACCGUAAAUAUUAAAACAGAAAUUGUUCGUCUCGUUGAGAUUCAAGAAGAGAAGGCUGAAUUACUUUCCUACUUCACUAAGCAUAAAGAUCAGCAAGAUGAUGCGUUGUCAGAUCUUAAUUAUUUUGAUACGAAUGAAAAUAAACUUGCUUAUCUUAGAACUUUCUUGAAGCCUGAUACGUUCUUUCUAUCGAAGUGUG